AGUCGGCAAGAAUAAACACCGGAAUAUUCAGGUGCUCAUAUUCCUACCUUGUGAGAUUACAACACGUAGUCAUCCAUCAUUCUCUUCCUCUCUCCUCCAAAAUCCCAUCAUUUGCAAUUUGCAAUUUGCAUUAUUACAAAUUUCCAAUCCCUUUGUUGCUGAGUUCAUCGGAUUGUUGUUGAUUCAUUAGUUAAUGGACUCCAUGUUCGGCGACUGGCCUUCACGCGACCCUCACAACUUCAGCCAACUCCGCCCUUCUGAUCCUGCAAACCCCUCUAGAUUGACGCCUGCCACCUACCAUCCUACUCACAGUCGUACUCUACCACCACCUGAUCAAGUUAUCUGUACAGAGAGCAAAAAUAUUCUAAUCAGACACUUCUACAAGCACGCAGACGAGAAGCUAAGACCCAAGAGAGCUGCUUCAGAAAACCUUGCACCUGAGAAUGGAGCCAAGCAUCCGAGAUCAUCUUCCUCAGCAACUCUUCCACCAUGAACUAUUGCUUGUUCAAGCAUUUUGAUCUUGUUAAUAAAGUUUCCAUCACCAAAAAAAAAAAAAAAACUAAAUCUUGUUAAUAAAGUCGGGUGUUGUACAUAUUUUUAAAAAGGAAAGAUAAUGUAGAUGCGAUAGUUAUAUUUCAGAUUGUUUUGAUUUGUCGGUUAUUAAUAGAGUUUAGGCCCUUGCUAGGGUAUGGGUGUUCCCCAAGUGUAGGGUGAUAAGGAAUCAAUCCUCUCAUUUCAUGAUCGUGGAAGACGAGCUAUGAAAUUCCUGUGUUCUUCUACUUUCGUUGACCGUCACAAAGGAGUGAAAUGGGUGAUGCUCGUGGCUUGUACAUUCAGUGUGCAUAACCGAAUCAAGGUAACUGAUCUAUCAAUGUUGUUUACGUGCUCUUUUAUUGUGCACGUUGUAUGAUUUUUAGUACUCUGAUGCAUUAGCUCUUUCAGAAGUUUGUAUUAUUAGCUGAUUGCAGAAUUCAGGUUACAGAAUUAUGUACAAAUUGUUUUUUUUUUUCCAAAUUCAACAACAUUUGCUCAGAAUAA